AUGUCUCUUUUCACAGGCAUAUCAAGUCUUUGUACAGUAGCUGUCAUUUCUGUUGAACGUUACACCGUGCUUUAUCCCAGGGGGGCUGUUCUUUUCCAGACCAGGGAUGCAGUCGCAGGCGUGACCCUUUCCUGGGUUUGGUCAUUUGUGUGGAACACCCUGCCUCUGUUUGGAUGGGGAAAUUAUGACCUGGAAGGAGUUAAAAUUUCCUGCGGAGCAAACUGUGAUGCUGCUAACAUGUCCUACAUCGUUAUUUACUUCUCUUUGUGUUUUGCAGUGCCUUUUUCCACAGUCAUAGUGUCCUACUCCAGACUUUUAUGGACCCUUCACCAGGUCACCAAGUUGCAAACUUCUGAGAGUAGGAGGAUACUACAUGUGACCUUCCUGGUCACGUGGCUGCCUUAUGCAGCAAUGGCCCUGGCUGUAAUCAUGGACUCUAAUCUUUAUAUAGACCCUGUCAUUGUCACCAUAGCUGUUUAUUUAGCCAAGAGCAGCACUGUCUACAACCCCAUCAUCUAUAUUUUCAUGAACAGACAGUUUCGGGGCUAUGUCGUUCCUGCUCUUCUGUGUGGAUGGAGCCCGUGGCCCUCUGAAGCCCAGAUAUCUGAUGCUACCACCACUGUUGCUUCAGUAAAUAAAAACAAGGUUGUUCUGGAACAAUCUUCAAAAGAAUAA